CGCCGCCAUAUUGGGAGAGUGGGAGCAGGCCGCCGCCGAUGCUGAAGAGUAGUUUGCGGCUUUUCACAGUGACUUUGGCCGAUAACCCGCGGCCGCUGGGGUGUGUAGGCGAGGAGUGACUUGAUAAUGAACUGUGAAAACAAAUAAACAAGAUGUAAACAAAAAUUGGAAAGCCACGUUUAUUUUUUAUCUUGUUUACGUGAAAGUGUGGAUACAGAAAAUUGUGAGUUUUUGAAGUGUUUUGUGGUGUUUUUUGUUUACUGUUUGCCAUCUGCGUACACCUGUUUGGCACCUGUUGUUUGCCCUUACCUGCGUGUUACCUCCAGCCCAGCUCUGUGGGAAGUGUGUGAGGUCCAGCCACCACCACCACCACCACCUGCACCACCACCACCACCACCAUUGCCACCACAAUCACCACCACCAUGUCGGAGAGUGAAGCUACAACUGGUGUAGGCGACUCAUCCAUUGACUCGGAUAAGGUGAAGGCUAUCAAUGGCAUGAAGGAGUUGGAGGAGGUGCGGCGCCUACAGAAUGGGGAGACAGAGAAGCCACAGAUAAAUGGAGACGUGGAGAAGAGAGAAGAAGGGGAAGAUGGGAUAGACGGAGAGAAGGUGCAGGAGGAGCGGAACGGCAGCGUGGAGGAUGCGGAGGAGACGUCGCGUGAUGUGGAGGGCACGGACGGAGAGGCGGGUGAAGGAAGGGCAGAGAAGGUGGAGGGGAAUGAAGGAGGAGGUGGAGAGGAGGGUGGAGGAAGGAAUGGGGAGAAACAGGACGCCCAAAACCUGUCAUCCAGCGGCAGGGAGGAACGGAGGGCAGAGGACAAGCUGUCCCCACCCACGUCUGCUUCCACCAGCGAGGAGAAGGAUGCGGAUAAGGAGAAGAAGGAUGCAACAGUGAAGGACAAGAAGGAGAAGAAGGAUACGGUGAAUGGGGAUGCCACCACCACCACCACCACCUCCACCACCAGCACCACCACCACCACCACCACGCCGGGGAAGAAGAAGAAGCACCACCACGACGACGUGCAGGAGGUGAUCUCAACGCGGCAGCUGCGCAUCCGUCGCACCCCAAAGAAAUACACGGAGGACGACGACGACGUGAAGAUUACCAACGAGGUGAUCCGAGACGACUCCAGCGACAUAGAGAUGAUCGAGGAGAGUGAUCCCUUGGCCAUCAGCGACGCGGAGGUCAAGAAGAUACAGAAGGAGAAGAAGGAGAUCACCAUCAAAACAAAGGACCCAAACGUGAUCAUCAUCGACACCAACACACUCCUCAAGAACCAAGGGAACCUGGCAGCCGCCGUGGCCCAGUCCACCUCCUCCACCCCCGUGCAGACCCUCACCAACCGCUCCACCAGCACCACCACCACCACCACCAACAUCAACAUCCAGAAUGCCAUCCAGGCCAUCACAGGGGGUGUGCCAGCGCAGGGCCUCCAGUCAGCGUACAUCACCGCCCUGCAGCAGGUGCUGCUGUCCCAGGGUGGCCAGGUCCCCAUGAACUCCCAGCACCUGUCACAACUACAGCAGUACUACAACAGCCUGGGGCACCUGCAGGACGACGCCUACGUCAUUGAGGCGCCCUCCUUCAUCGUGCCCUACGUCAUGGAGGGCAAGCCUAAGGAGCCCAUCAAGGAGUUCCUGAAGAGGAUAAACAAGGAGUUGGAGGAGUUUGAGCGCAAGGAGAAGGAGGAAGAGGAGAAGAGACAGGCCGAGGAGAGGAAAAAGAAGGAAGAGGAAGACCGGCAGAAGAGGAAAGAGGAGAGAGACGUAGAGAGGAAGAGGAGGAUAGAAGCAGGGGAGUCAGUGGAAGACUUGGACAAGGAGGAGGAGGAGGAGGCUGCAGCACUGGCCAAGGAGGAGGAGGAGGAGAAGAAGGAGAAGGAGAAGGAAGCAAAGGCCAAGGAGGCAGAGGAUGGCAAGGCAAAGACAAAGGAAGAGGAGGAGGAAGACAACAAGGAGAACAACAAAACCAACACCAACAAAGAAGAUGGGAAGAAGGAAGGGGACAAGGACGGGAAAGUACAAAGCAAGGAGGAGAAGAAGGAGGGCGAGGCGAGGAGAGGGAAGGAGGAGAAGACCACGGAGACCACGGACGAGGACAAGGAGAACAAGGACAAGAGUGACACAGAGAGUGUGGUGGACCUGGAGAAGGAGAAGGAUGAGGAGGACAUGAGCUUCCUGGGAAAGUGGGAGCCAUACUACCGCAGUGCCCUGGGCAAGUUCAUGAUGGAGCUGGGGCUGAACCAGGCUCAGGAGUUCCUGCAGGCCGACCUCCUCCGCAUGCAGAAGCGCAAGCUGGAGAAGAUGAAGACGCAGCCAUCGCGGGAAGGCAUUAUGGCCGCCAAGCUCCUGGAGAAGCAGCUGGAGGUGACGCGGAAGAAGAACGCUCACCUGCAGGUGCCUCUCAAGAUCUGCAAGUUCUGCACGUUCAAGACGGAGAGCAUGAUGGUGAUGGAGCGCCACCUGGAGUCGCCUCACAUGGUCAACUACACCUACAAAUGCAACUUCUGUGAUUUCGAGACUCGGGGACCACAGGUGAUCCUAUUCCACAUGGAGGCGGAGCACAACACGAGGGGGCGGCUGGAGAGAGCACCGGCCUUCUUCCAGUGCUCGCUGUGCCCCUAUGAGGACAACAACAAGUCCAAAAUGACCCGGCACUCCUUCUCCUGCAGCAAGAAGUACAAGCCGGAGAAGAACUGUGAGCUGCUGGACUGGGAACCGCCGGCCAAGAUCCCUAAGGUAUUACAUAUCCACCGGGGGCGCCCCAACACGCUGGGCAAGGCCUUCGAGCCCGUCAAGAUGCCCAACCUGCUGCCGAAGAACCUGGCGGGCAUGAACAUCAGCAUCCAGUCAGCGGGGGGCACCAACCUCCUGCCCUCCAGCACCGUGUCCAUAGCAGCUGGCCGGGGGCGCGGUCGUCCCGUCGGCUCCUACAAGAACCCCGGCCCUCUGCCCAGCCAGGCCCGGGGCAUCAACACUGUCAGUACGGGUUCCCUGCUCUACACCAACCGUGGCACCACCACCACCACUACAGUCCAAGGCUCAGGCUCCCAGUUCACCCUCGGCAACCAGAUGUUCCAUUCGACCGCGAGGGUUCAGCGGAUCCUCCCGUCCUCCUCCUCCUCCUCCCCUGUCAGCCUUAUACCUGGUCUAGGGGCCUCCUCCUCCAUCACUAUACAGAGCGUACAAAGCAAAGGGGGAAACACCAAAUCCCCGCAGCAACCCAGCAUCUCCAUUACCCCGCUGCCCCGCGCCGGCCAGCAGAUCUCCCAGGGCUCCGGCACCAAGGGCUCCUCUCAGGGCCGAGGGGACUCCGGAGGAAACCCGUCCUUUGUUAUAUGUGAGAUCUGUGACGGGUAUAUUAAGGACCUUGAACAGCUGCGCAACCACAUGAACCUGAUCCACAAGGUCAAGAUCCACCCAAAGAUGAUCUACAACCGACCUCCGCUCAACUGCCAGAAAUGCCAACACCGCUUCUUUACUGACCAGGGUCUGGAGCGUCACCUGCUGGGCACGCACGGCCUGGUCACCUCGUCCAUGCAGGAGGCGGCCAACAAGGGCAAGGACGCCGGCCGUUGCCCCAUCUGUGGCAAGGUGUUCCAGUGGAAGCUGCUGAACCAUGUGAGUAGGGACCACAAGAUGACCCUGAAGCCGGCCCACCUGUCUUACAAGUGCACCGUCUGUACCGCCACCUUCAACAUGUACCGCCUCUUUGAGAACCACGUGUACUCGGCCCACUCCGUCGUCAACAAGAACAAGGAGGGGAGCAAGAAGCAGAGCAGUGGGGGUUCCUCAGAGUCGCCGCUCAAGAUCAACGAUGAGAUCACCAUCAUUCCACAGCCUGUCGUCGGCAAAUCCAAGAGUUCGUCCUCCAACACCAACAGCACCUCCACCACCACCACCUCGUCCUCCUCCUCCUCAUCCUCCAACUCCUCCUCAGACAAACUUUCCUCCUCUAAAAAGUGUGACACCUCUACGCCCACCAUGAGCAAAGAGAUUACCAUCACCAAGGUCGGGUCUCGGCCGACGCGGCGCAGCGGCGGUGGUGGUGUUGAGGUGAUCAGCCUGGAUGAGUCCCCCAAGAAGUCCAGCGGGUCUGACAGCACCAGCACCACCACCAGCAGCAAGAAGCGAGCACACAAGGACGGCGUGGGGAACAACACCAAGAAGGCGAGGACGAGCAGCUAAUGUGUGGCAGUGCGGCCCGGGUGGGAGGGGGACGAGUGGCUCAAAGUGUUGUUGUUGUUGUUGUUGUGGCGGCGGCGGCGGCUGUGUGCGCUGCCGUGUGACACAGACACACCGGUGCCAGGCCAUGGUGACCCCGGGCAGGGAGUGUGCGUGACGCUGUGACCCCGUGUGUGCGCAUCUUGGUGGUUUAUUUAAUCCUCAACACUACGCCUGGAGGGGCGGCCGUGGCGGCCGGGCUGGUGAGGCACCGCUGCCCUCCACACACACCUGUGAUUGGCCACACCUGCAAUGGAAAGACCGACACCCUGGACCAUUUGGCACGAACUGGAAGGAUUGCCAAAGAAAACCUUUGAAGCGACCCACACUGCAGAAAACACAAUGGAGGACAAUGGCACCACCACCCAUGGCCAGGGAGUGUGUGUGUCUUUCUCGGCCAGCUGGGAUCCCGGCCACCACUCCCUCAGACACCCUGGGCACCACCCGGCAGCCCAGAGGCAGACGCAGUCACUGUCUUUUGGCGUGUCUUGAGGCAUCUCUCGGCUCCCAGCCAGUGACUGGUGCUCCUGACAGGCUGGUGCAGAGAGAGGGAGAGGAAUGGAAGGCAGAGACAGACGUGUCAGUGUCAGUAACUCACUCACUCAUACUUUCCAUUAUAAAUCAUUGCAAGUCAAUUUUCAAGUUCUGUUUCAUUUCUUUUUGUUUGUCAUCUCAUUUUCCUCGUUACGUUCUUCAGUUCCUUUUUCUGUUCAUGUUUUGUUUCUUGACAGAGAAGGUGCCGAGUCACUUGGGGAAGAAAGAUUAUAUUUUUUGGUCUACAUGUAGUGUUUUUAGUAACCACACACUCACACACAAACACACACACACACACACACACACACACACACACACACACACACACACACACACACACACACACCCAUCCAAUCACUUCUCUAUGUAUAUCAUUAUUUAAUUUUAGCAUUACAAUUUUCCAUUAGUUGAAACAAAUCGUGAGCCAAAGUUCCCUUCACUUAUUUAUUUUCUUAGACAUUGCAAGGAUCAUGACAAGCGUGAAUCACCAGUUGUAUGAAUUUACAGGGAAAACAAAACAAAAAAAACAACAAAAAAGAAAACAAUAGUACAUAAAAAAAUGUAGUGUUUGCAUCUGACAGAAAGAGGAAAGUGAAUGUGAUGCAGAUAGAAUGAACUUGUGAGAGAGGAGAGAGAGAGAGAGAGAGAACAUUCAGGUACAUCAUUAACAGCUGUUGUCUAUUCAGGUGGUGAUGCAAUAUGGUACACAGUGGGUGGUGUUGAGGUGUGUGGGAGCAGGUUGGUGGAGGUGGUGAGGGGGGCCAGUCCAGACCUGUCAUAAGUUAGCUGUGCAGGGGAGACCUGCUUGUGUCCGGUGAGGAAGGGCGGGAAGGGUGGAGGUCUUCAGUGUUUGUAGAGGAGACAAUAUCUACAUGCAAUAGUUACAAAAUGUUAGUUUGAAAAGGUGACAAAACAUCCAUGGGAGUGUUAAUAUGGCAAUAGGUGAUUGAUGACACAUCCCUGAAGUUAAUAAAUGUUAGUAGUAUGAAAAGAGGAGACAAAAAUCUCUAUAACAGUAGUGCAGUGAAUGUCUUGAAGUGAUAGUAAAAGUUGUCAAUGAAUGCUUGAAUGGAAGAAAGCAAACCUGCCAGCCAAGACACAGGCAGGAGUCACAUUACUGUUUGCUGUUCAAAUCUGACAUGAACUCAUCCAAGAAAAAUUAAAUGUACUUCAUUAAAUUUAUCAAUAAAUUUUUUAAAAGUUCCAUAAAGAGUCAACAUUGUCAUGAAGUAACAGAAGCAAAUUAUUAUUGCCUGAAAGAAAGGAUUCAACAAGUCACCACCCAGCUCAUCCCUCAGUCAGUCCCCGGGGAGGAGCAGCAGUGGGGCGCCUCUCCCUCACCUCACCAGUGUGUCGGGUCUGCAGCGCCACAAGCCAGGACAACCGGCCGCCCCGCCCUGCCCCGCCAAGCACAGACUUACUCAGGUGCCGGCUGCUGCCAUGCUGGCUGACUGCAGGUGGAGGAGAGGGUGUUGGUGCGGUGAACACCUGCCUUGUGAGGGAAGGAAGGAAGGAAGGAACCUCAGUGUGGACAUAACCUCAGUCUGUGUGUGUUGUGUGUAGAAACGCAAAAAACAAAAUAAACAAAGGAGGAGAUUGAUUGAACAAAGGACUGUGGUGAAAAGUCAAAUAAUAAAAAGUUUAAAAAGUAAAAAAAAAAUAUUGCCACAGAUUCAACACUAGAGAGAAAAAACAAACCAGAAAAUCAUCUUUAUUUUUUGAUUCCCGCAUUGGGGCGUAAUGUUAAGGUUUGUACAGUGAUAUAAAUAUAUAUAUACAAUACAGCAACCUCAAGGGGGCCACUCAUACCCCUCCCCCCCUCCCUGCCUGCCCGCCCUGCCCACUCCCAACCAGGCAGGGCGAGGGAGCGGCAGCCCGCCAGCCUGCUGCACCCUGCCCGGCGCCACCACCACCACCACCCUCCCGGCAGGCCACCACCACCAGGGGUCCCUCGGUCCAUUCAUACGAAACAGGCGGAGCACCAAGUGGUUAUUUAUGUGUUUGAAGGACACGCAGGUUUUAAGAAGAGACGUGACGCGAUGUGACCAGUAACUUACUUUUGUCCAAGUUUUGCCCCGCCGUGGUGGCGGCGGCGGGUGUAGGGGUCUGUGCACCCACCCUUGGGACGCUGUGUGGGGCCCUGACACACACACACACACACACACACACACACACACACACACACACACACACACACACACACACACACACACACACACACACACACACACAGCACCUGCACAUGGUAAUUAGUGCUAUAAAUGCUCAUAUGCCAGCCAACACACACACACACACACACACACACAGGGCGGGGCGGGGCAGGGCAGGGGGCGCCCCGUCCGGUCAGCUACGGCCGCGACUCGACGCCCAAGACACCGUAGGUUUAAUACUUGAGUUACUGUACACAAAACUUCAAUGUAAAAUGCUGGUAGAUAGUAUUUUAUUUAAUUUUUCUUUAUGGAAGUGUUAAAUGUUGUAGCUAUGUACACUUUUUUUAGGUGUAACACACCAAUAAAAUAUUAUUUAGAACUGA